AUGAGGAAGGUGAUGGAUAAGAUGAGGGAGAACAUGAGAAGAGCAAAUCAUGUAGAGGAUCUAGUUCACCGCACAGAUUCCCCUUUCAUAGCUUCCAUCAAUGGUCAUCCCUUGCCUCCAAAAUUCAAGAUGCCUUCCUUGGAUUCAUAUGAUGGAGCGCGUAACCCUUUUGAUCACAUUGCUACUUUUAAGACUACAAUGCACCUUCAGGGGGUCACAGAUGAAAUUAUGUGUAAAGCAUUCCCUACCACCCUCAAAGGUCCCGCACAAGUGUGGUUCAAUAAAAUACCCCCGAAUUCGGUAAGUUCUUUCAAAGAGUUGAGCAAGUUGUUCGUUAAUAACUUCAUUGGGGGACAGAGACACAAGCGUUCUUCGUCCAACCUGUUGACCAUAGAACAAGGGGAGAAUGAAAGCCUGCGGUCCUUUAUCACUCGUUUCAACAAGAAAGCCUUAACGGUAGAUGAGGUGGAUGAUAAGCUACUACUGGCGGCCUUUCACAAUGGGGUUAAUUCUGAUUUAUUCAUCCACAAGCUUUAUGAGAAGGAACCCCAAUCCAUGGCUAAACUUGUCCAUUCAGUCCAGAACUUUAUGAAUGUAGAAGACGCGAUCAUAACCAAGAAGAGGGAGAGAGCUGAAAGAAUGGAAGCAAACCCCAUGCGCCACUCCGAGCAAGUCCCUCGUCUAAAAAAGGGACGGACGAAAGAUAAAAAUGACUGGGAUGGUAAGAGGGCUGGUCCUUCAGCACAGAGUCAACAAUACACGCCACUGAACGUGCCGCUCAAGCAGGUCCUUCUGCAAUUCAAGGACGAUCAUUCCUUGAAAUGGCCAGAGAAAAUGAAGGGAAAUCCCAAUAAGCACAAUAGAAACAAAUAUUGCCGCUUCCAUAGAGACAAUGGGCAUGACACAAACGAAUGUUAUGAUCUAAAACAGCAAAUUGAAAAUCUUAUAAGAUAA